AUGCCCAGCGAUCCGUUGGCAUCAGACGGUGAUCAUGGCGGAGGAUCUGAUACUCAGACGACGCAGGAAGCGCCUCUGACAGCGCCAGAUGAAGGGGAAAACGAUUCAACCACUGCAGGCACGCAAAUACACGAGCUUCAUAAAAGGCUCCGCGAAAUGGAAUCGAAGAUGGGAUCUGUGGAUAAAUUAUACAACCUUCAUAAAUCGACGGCCGAGGCUAUGGAGUUCAGUACUGAAGAUCCUACAAUUUCGGCAUGGAGCAAUCCUGCUUUUGAUCCUAUUGUUCGUCGCCGUGAAGAACUAGAGUUCUAUACGGACGUGCUGUUUUUCAUGCGGAAACUUCGUCAUACACACAAGGCGAUAGUUGAGAGGGAAAGAAUUAACAAAGAACGAAUGGAAGCCCUCCAAAAGCCCGACGACACGACGGUGGAUGACCGCAUAGAGAAGAUCUGCCUCGAUGCAUUCAAAGAGGGCAAGCGUCUCAAGCUGAUACAAAUGGAAUGGGAUGAUUAUCUCCUCCGAGGCGCAUACGACUCACCAAUUCCCAUCGAGGAAAACUGCUUAACUCCAGUUCAUGUGAUCUCUGGAGAACCAGACUCUAGAUUGAUUCUACAGUUUCCAACCGCCAUGAGAAGCAUUGAGAGUGCCAUAAAAGAUCGGGCUCAAGUCGAAAGGAUCUCACCAACCUUUGAAAGUGGCAACUUAUUCGAGCAGGAACCACUACCCGAAAGAAUCCGGAUACACUCCAGGUCACUGGUUGCCAUCUUCCACGAGAUUGCUCACAUGAAGGGACCUCCAAGGGUACCCAUGGUGAACAUCCCCCAGAUACCCACUGUAUACUUGCGCCCGUUUCAGGAUAUUCUUUACAUCCAGCAGGAUUUGAGGGACUGGCUCGCAAUGCUUGAAAAGCACUUCGAAAAAUGCGACGAAACGAGGCACUUCGCGAGCGCAUCAAACUCAUCUAGUCCCGCCAAACCGCAUGAUGAUCCCGUUUCCAGCGACAAGGAUGAGACAAAAGAAAGCCUAACUUAUAGGCUCUCUCAUUCCGUUUCGGCAUUACUUCACCUGCGUUGUCUCAUGGAGUUUAUCGACAAAGAAAUCAAGCCAAAGCAAGAGUAUAUCAACAGCCCUGAGUGCACUCGCAUUCACUUUCACGAUUUGUGGCAUCUUUUCAAGCCCGGCGAUGAGGUCAUCCAACAAGAUGGAAAGCAGGCUUUUGUUGUACUGCGAGUUCAAGUCCCAAAGCACAGAGUAGAAGAACCGUGGAAUCGUUGGAACAAAGCCGAUGACUCAAGUGAUAGCAGCUCCAGCUCCAGCGAUAGUGACGACGACGAUGACGGCGAUGACGGCGAUGACGGCACUGAUGGUCCUUUCAGGGUUCAUUGCGCAUACAUAGACUUCGAUGGCAAAUAUUUCGGCCCUGUCUCGAAAAGGUUCAAGAUCCCGCCUUUUGGUGAAACCAAAUCAAUACGAUCUUUGCCUUUAUAUCCUUUACGACAUACGAAAGAUGCACAAGCAAGACAAGCACUUAUAAAGAGAGGCCAGAUGCUGCUUGAAGUCUCCAAAUUCAAAGCUAUGUACUACAUGGGCGUCACAAUUGACAAGAGAGACGAGAUUGAUAGCCAAGUCGUCAUAGAUUUCAAUGAAGCCCUGGCCGACGAAGAAAGGCGCAAGGCUUGGGAACCCAGGAUGGGGAACCUCAGGACUGCUGCUGAUCAUCUGGGAAGACAAUGCACGGCACAUUGUUGCUUCCCGCGAGAUGUACGUGGCGGAAGCCAGGCCGAAUCAAGUCGGACUGAGGAUCAUAUCAAGAGCUUGCUCCCGCACACACUAAUGGGUGUGACAUCUCUCAUUCUUCAGUCGAGAUCUCUACAAGAGGUUUUAAGCUCCCUGGACAAGCUGACUGAGACAGAAUAUACGAUCAUGACUUAUCGUGUAUUCGGGUUCAUUCUACGCAGUCGAAAGUGGGCUCAACUUGACCUCAACCUCCUGCGGUAUGAGAAUGCAAACGCCAGAAACCUCACUGUCGACGCUUUCGAAGGUCUGGAACUCCCAGACAAUCACAGAGAGGUGUUGAAAUCCCUGGUUGUCCAACACUUUCGCUCGAAGCAGUCUACGUUCAUGAAAAAUGAACAGACGGACUUGAUUCAAGGAAAAGGCAAGGGUCUCAUUCUAUUACUUCAUGGAGCACCAGGGGUAGGAAAAACCACAACCGCAGAGGGAAUUGCUGAGCUUUUCAAGAAACCCUUGUUUCAGAUCACCUGUGGUGACCUGGGGACAACUGCCAGGGAGGUUGAAACAGAAUUGGAGAAGAACUUUUCUCUGGCAAGCAGAUGGGGCUGCAUUUUACUUCUUGAUGAAGCAGAUGUCUUCUUGUCAGCACGAGAAAAGAUGGAUUUCAAGCGCAACGGUCUGGUGGCUGUGUUCCUCAGAGUUUUGGAAUAUUAUUCGGGGAUCUUGUUUCUCACGACAAACAGGAUUGGUGACUUUGAUGAAGCUUUUUCAUCUCGAAUCCACAUGAGCUUGUAUUAUCCACCACUUGAUGAGGACAAGACCUUGAAGGUCUUUCAACUCAAUCUUGAUCUCAUCAAGAAGCGGUUCGUCAGACAAGGCCGAAGUAUCACAUUUGAUGCAUCUGCGGUUGAGAAAUUCGCAAGGGACCACUUUAAGGCCUAUAAGUACAACCGAUGGAACGGCCGCCAGAUUCGUAAUGCAUGUCAGACAGCACUGGCACUGGCGGAGUUUGAUUCUCAGGGUGGCACGAUGAACAUUGAAAGUGAAAUGGACAAGAGUGUAGUUGUCGAACUGCAGCAAAAAUACUUUGAGACGGUACAGAAAGCAUAUCUUGCUUUCGACGAAUACCUAGGAGACAUCCAGGGUACGCAAGGUGAUAGCAGAGCGAUAGAUUACAAGCUACGCGCGAGGACCGACACCCCCUAUCAGGCCAAGCGAAACGCCUUCCCGCAACAUGAGAGCUACAGAGUACCCAGGAGCCAACACAUCUUGCAUCCGGAGUACCCCCAUACACAAAGAGGUUCAGCCAACGUGUCACAAUCCAACUUCGGACCACAGGGGGAUCCGUUUGAUCAAAACUAUACCCCAACAACCCCAAAUGCAAACAUGCAGAGUUCGCGAGGCUAUGAACACUAUUCGCCUCACCGGGUUCCGAUGCAGUCCUAUCAAGGCCAAGCCCGUGGUGGAUCGAUGACCAGUCGGGAGGCCUAUGAAAGAUCUCCAGAAGCAAGUCAGCAGUACCAAACGGAUCAUCAAUACGCCCAGGGAGGGCCGCGGGGUCAGCAGUUCGACUCGCCCCGAGGGAGCAAUCGCAUCAUCCGCAGCGUGGAGGACGAACGGUAUUCUAGUCCUGGCUAUGACGAUUCACCUCUCCCCAACCGCCCUGCUCAGCGCCCAUCGCAAGCAUAUAGCUACGAAAACCCCAACGAUGGGGGAAGUGGGCAGAACCUGAACCCUUCCAUGCAAGGUCCUUCAUCAUAUAAUCCAAACACAAUCUUCCGAUCCAGACGAGAUGACGGAGGAAGCUGA